AACUGGCCAGACACCUACGUACUGCACUCAAGCCCAUAAAGUCACAACGCUCGCGGGAAAAAGGGCCCACGUGCAUAAACGCCGCUCAGGAAGAAAGGACCUAGGGGCUUCACCGCUGCUGCCAUUUACCAUCGUUCUUCGCUCGCCAUCCCCGCCCACGCUACGCCAUGAGGCCCCGCCCGGCCGGACGCACAGGCGCCUGCCUGGUCUCGUCAACAACGCUGCGACACUUGCGCUUGCUCGUCAGGACUUACGUCGGUCAGACAAUACCACCCGGGACUGUAACGGCCGCUUCCCACAACCACACUCACAUUCCGACACAACCUCAGCACGAUGGCAUAACUGAAACAGCGGGACGGGACGGUGGAGGGAGGAAGACGCCGUACAAGACGACGAAGGUGAUGGACGGUUGGGCGAGGGUGGACGCUUUACCUGAAGGCGAUGAAGCCCUCGCAGGCAGCGAACAGGAACAGGCAGCAGCAUCCCUCGAGCGUCAUGACUCCGACACACAGCAGCAGGACAGUCAUACCAAAAAAUCAAUGAACAAAACCAGCGGGCGGAAAACGCUAUCGCUAUACCCAAAGAAGAAAGACCCAAACCUAAUCGAAGUCGCCCAGUCCGCCCUCAACCCGGACUCCGACAAACCCACAUCAUCAACGCUCGGCCAUCUUCAAACGUCCCAAUGGCUCGCCCACCUCCACUCGCCCCUCCUAACCCCCACCCAAGUCUCUGCCUCCAGCGCCUGGCGUGCCUUUAAAUCCGGCACCACCUCCCAACGCCGCAACCCCGUAUUCCUGCGCCAGGUCAUGGCGGCCUGCAUGAAGGACACGGAACCGCACCGGCGGUUGGUGCAUAUUGCCAAAAUCUACGAUAGGCUUUUUGAGAUGUCCAGCGGGCAGUUGACCGUUGAAGAUAGACGGAUGCUGGUAACCUGCCUUUCAGCUGCGAAACGGACGGAGCUGGGGAUACGGGAGUUGAAGGCGUUGGCGCAACUUACCGGGUGGAACGAUGACGGGAUCAACGAACUGUUGGUGGAUUUCAUGGUACAGUAUGCAGGGAACGGGGUGCUGUUAACACCCGAGGAGUUCAUAAAACACCAUAUCAAGAAAUUUCCCUCCGCAUUGCCAAGUCUCAACUCCGUCCUCGCAAAACGGUUCGACUCGUACCCCGACGGCUCACGGGAGCGGCAUGCGUUAAUUGCAUUAGUACGGACAUGGACUACGCACCUCCUCCCGACCCGCACCCUCCUCGACCGCCUCCUGACCGCGCAAGAAUCACAAAUCACCCGCAGGGAACUGUCCCCGCAGGUCCUGAUCACACAAAUCCACACCGUCUUUGCGAACCUCACCGCCGCACACCCAACACGUGACCGCCGCUCGGCGCCGAUGGAGAAUGUCUACGCCAUGUACCUACGUCUCUUGCACACAUGUGUCAAGUACAACGCACACGCCGUCGCGGCCGAGAUAGCCGCCCUGAUCCCCGCAACGUACGGGGAAGGAGCGACCCUCUCACGCAACGUGAUACUAAACUCCUAUUUCGCGAACGGGAAGUUUGACCGUGCCAUGACGCUGUACAGAUCCAUGCAGGUGACGGGCGUCCCGUUGACGAUCACGACAUACAACAUCGUUAUCGGCGGGUGCAUCAAGCGGUUUAGAGCCACUAAGGACCAUCGACCGUUGGAGACUGCGGAACGGAUCGCGGAGAAGCACGUUGAGAAGACCGGGUUGGAGAAAGACAGGGUUUAUUUCAACACGAUGAUUAAAUUGAAGAUUGCGCGAAAGGAUGAGGCGGGGAAAAUGAGGGUUUUGACGGCGAUGCAAGCCGCGGGGUUCAAACCGGACUCGUAUACCUACGGCGCCUUAAUCUGGGACUAUGUGCGUUCGGAUAAUUUUGAAGCCGCGAUCCGGUGGGCUGAGUCCGCAAGAAACGAUAACGUAUCCCUCGACGACACGCUGGUUCAACGCAUACUGGAUAUCGUCCCCAAACAGCGCGUUGGAAUACGGCAACGGACCGUGCGGGACGGUCUCCGCGCGAUGCUGAAACCGAAGCCGGAGGAGACGCGCGGGGUACAUGAUUGGGGCAUUGUUGAGGAGUUUGCCUCUAAGCCUGAUGGUGUGGGCAAGCAACGACUUACCUUCGUAGUGGAGAAGUUGGCGAAGGAAGCUGUGACGGCCCGCGGGGAGUUCAGCCAUGCUGACUUAACGCGGAAGGUGAAUAUCUUACUGGAUCGGUUGGUUAUGAGAGGCCGUGUUGGCCGCGUCUGGGCCCUUCUGGACAUUUUCGAAAACGGCGGGGUACGCACCGAGGCGGAUACUUACAACGUGCUCUUGAAAGGCGUUUGUAGGACGGGAUCGAUGGGGGAUAUCGAGACCGCGAUCAAACGAAUGGAAGACAGAGGCAUCAAGAUGGAUAGGGUCGGGUACAACACGGUGAUCAAAAGAUGCUGCGACGACGACGCGUUGGAGUUGGCUAAUCAGUAUCUGCGCAAAAUGACGCAUGCGGCUGCUCUUGUCGAUGUUAGACGUGGACAUGCCGACAUCUACGGCCCGGAUAAACAGACCUACGCGAUGCUGAUACACGCACACGGACGGAACGGGCAUAUUGAUGUCGCGAAACGGCUGUUAACGGCUAUGCGGAUGCGGAACGUCGCCCCCGAUGCGGCUGUUUGGCGCGCCAUGCUGGUCAGCUACGCGCAUAUCGGCGACGACACCGGUGUCGACUCCACCAUCGCGGAGCUUGAGAAACUGGAGGGGACCACCAUACGAACGUACAACACCGUCAUCGCGGGUCUCACGGCCGGCGGGUUCCGUUCACGAGCCUUGUGGUGGAUUGAUCGGAUACGCGAGGCCGGGAUCGCGUUUGAUGCCGUGUUGUAUAACCAGGUGGUCAACCUGCAUGUCCUAGACGGGGACAUGGCAAGGGCAAUGGAUGUGGUGGGAGAGAUGCGGGAACGGAAUGUCGGCCCGGAUGCGGUCACAUAUGCGAAUUUGCUUGCUGGGUGGAGUGCCGCGGACGACGCCGUGGCUGUCACGACGACAAUGGCGGAGAUGAAGGAUCUGGAAAUCCCAUUGAAUGAACGGGGGUAUAGUACCCUGAUCGCGUUCUACGCUGCCCAGCACGAGGUGGAGAAAGCGAUCGCCAUGUUCACGGAGUACCACAACACGACCGUAUCAUCCGGAGCCGCAUUACGCCCCGAACCCUUCGCAGCAAUCAUCCACGGAUGCGGCGUCCACAACAACUCUCUCGUCCGCGCCAUCCAAUUCUACGAACUCUCCCAACAGAAACAGAUCCCGCCCAACGCGUCCGUGAUCACCGCCAUCAUGCAAUCCCACGCGGUCGCCGACGCCGGGUCGCUCGAUGCCGUCAUACAUCUAUUCGACCGGCUCCGUGACCAGACCGGCGAUGAGGCCGCGGUGGGUGUCACGGCGGCCGCGGCGUGUGUCGCUCUGGAUGCGUGUGGACAUCGCUUCAACGUCACCGCCCUCGAAUACAUCUGGUCGCGGCUCCGUCCGGGCCCCGGGACCCCACUCCGGCCCGACCCCGCGCUCCGGAUCCGUCCGCAGGAAUGGACCAACGUCUACACCAGCGCGAUCGAGGCGUUCGUCCGGUGUAACCGGUUCGCUGUUGCUGCUGAUAUUUUGUGUGAGGAGAUGCCGCCGGCGGGGGUGGCGUACGACGAGAAGAUGUUUGUGAAUGUUUUGGGGAUGUUGGAGAUUCGCGGGGCGGGACGGAAAGCGAUUAGGAGGGUUGAGGAGGCGUUGGGGAGGUGGGAGGGGGGGAGUGAGGAGGUUAGGGGGCGGAUUGAGGAGAGGAGAGCGGCGGCGAGGAGGGUUCGGGAGAUGAGGAAGGGGAGUGGGAUGAGAGCCGGGUUGGCUCGAGUUGAGGAUGGAGGUGAGGUUGAGGUUGGGGAAGGAGUUGGAGAUGGGGCUGUCAACGCUGGUGAGGUUGGGGAUGGGGAAUGGGAUGGAGAUGAGGAAGAUGAGGAACUUCACUCAGAAAGCGGGAAGGAUUUAGAGUAGGAGCGACGAAGCAUCGGCGUAUCUCGAUCAUCAUGUAGAAAUAAAGUAGAAUCCCAUCCGCCACGCAUAUCUCAUUUCAUGCAACCGAAACAGAAUCGAAUAUGAAGAGCAUGGUCGCACGAUAGAGGAAAUAUCCCAAAAAGAACA